GAUGGAUCGGUGAUUAGAAGGUCUGUGUGUGCGUUUCAGGUUUCUGUCAAACGGGACCAAGACAGGAAGUGUCUUUGGUUUUCUUUUUAGUUUGGACAAGAGUGCUUAGUAUUUGAUUUAUAUGUGUUAUUUCUGUGAUCACUGUAAUCAAAGUACUUAACUUGACUGUAAUAGAUAAUCCAUUGGUGAAUAAGUAACACGCCCAUCUGCCUCACUGUUUCUGAGUCUGACUGGUUUAGAGUCACAGCAGAAAGCCAUGUCAUCCACUUGGUUGUUGGAGCUAAAACAGAACAGCCAGUGGUCGGAAAGGUUUUGGACACCUCGGAAAUUACUCCUUGUAAGAUAACCCCAGGCAAUCACUUAUCGGUGGUGCUGACAGAUAGUGGCCGUGUCGGAGGCCGUAAGGGGAGAGGAGCUGUCAUCCAGCUCACUGUUCCUGUGCGUGAAGAGGACAGAGAGACCACAGAGUUGUCAACACCCUGGGACCCCUGUACUCCAGGCAUUAGAGAGGCUUGAGUUUCUUUUGACCCAGCGGUUCCCCCAGUGAACCCCACCCCCAGGCCCUUCCUGACUCAGGGAUACCAUGGGACCCCCUCCAGUUUACCUUUCCAGCCUCCUCUUCCUCUCGAUCCUCCUCCUGUGCCACGCCCGGACCUCCUUCAAGCCCCAGGUUGUGGAGCGAGCAUCUGGCCCUGAGCUGCCGCAAUCCUCUGGUAACACCUCAGGCUCUGGAAAACGGACAUGUUCUGACACUGUGGUUUGUAAACCUGGCAUCCUGCUGCCGGUGUGGCUACCACUCAACCCUCCACUGGGGGAGCAGGCAGGGAGGGCAAUCAUCUAUUUCCUCUGUCUCAUGUACAUGUUCCUGGGUGUGUCCAUCAUUGCAGACCGCUUCAUGGCAUCUAUAGAAGUCAUUACCUCACAGGAGAAAGUGGUGACCAUCACCAAACCCAACGGUGAAACCACAGUCGCGACGGUACGGAUCUGGAAUGAGACUGUAUCCAACCUCACGCUCAUGGCACUGGGCUCCUCCGCACCUGAGAUCCUGCUUUCUGUUAUUGAGGUGUGUGGGCACAACUUCCAUGCGGGGGAGCUCGGCCCGGGCACCAUAGUGGGCAGCGCCGCCUUCAAUAUGUUUGUGAUAAUUGGUCUGUGUGUGUGGGUGGUCCCUGACGGAGAGUCUCGUAAGAUCAAACACCUCCGAGUGUUUUUCAUUACGGCUUUCUGGAGUAUCUUUGCCUACAUUUGGCUCUACCUCAUACUGGAUGUCAUCUCACCUGGGAUUGUAGAGGUGUGGGAGGCCAUAGUGACGCUGCUGUAUUUUCCGGUGUGUGUGAUCUUGGCUUGGAUCGCUGACCGCCGCCUACUCUUCUACAAAUACAUGCACAAGCGUUACCGUGCUGACAAGAGGCACGGCAUCGUGGUGGAAAUGGAAGGGGACCCUGCUCCAAAAGGCAUUGAUGUGAUCAUGGACGGAAAGCUGUCAGACAGCAGUGCAUGCCCUGGAAACUCCUCCACUGUUACGGUCUCUGUGCAGACAGGCAAUGAACUAGACCAGAACAAAGAUGAGGUUGUCCGCAUCUUGAAAGACCUUAAGGAGAAACACCCAGACAAAGAUCUGGACCAGCUGAUCGAGAUGGCCAACUACUCUGCCCUGGUUCACCAGAAGAAGAGCCGUGCCUUCUACCGUGUCCAGGCAACUCGCAUGAUGAUCGGUGCUGGUAACAUAUUAAAGAAACAUGCUGCUGAGCACACGCGACGUUCAGGAGGCCACGAGACUGACAAGGCCACGUGCUCGCACAUUUGUUUUGAAAGCUCCCAGUAUCAGUGCACGGAGAACUGUGGCUCUCUGAGCCUGGGGGUGAUCCUCGAUGGGGGAACGGGUCAGAAUACUUUCUACGUGGACUACUGUACAGAAAAUGGUUCUGCCAAUGCUGGAGCAGACUAUGAAUUUACUGAGGGAACCCUGGUGUUCAAACCGGGGGAGACCCACAAAGAAAUCAAGGUGAGGAUCCUGGAUGAUGACAUCUUUGAAGAGGAUGAGCAUUUCUUUGUGCGCCUUCAGAACCUGAGGUUAGAGGAGGGUGGAAAUGAAGGGACCGGGACUCCACCCAAAGGGAGACUAGUGGAGCCGCUGGUUGCCACGGUCACCAUCUUGGACGACGAUCAUGCUGGCAUCUUCACCUUUGAGCAGCACGUGCUGCGGGUGAGUGAGAGCACUGGCAUCCUGACGGUGACUGUGUUGAGGAACUCGGGGUCCAGGGGCACAGUUGCUGUGCCGUACCAUACGGAAGAUGGCAGCGCCAAGGCAGGAGUGGACUACGAGGAGACCAGAGGGGAGCUGGAAUUCACCAAUGAACAGACCAGUCAGACAUUGCGAGUGUGCAUUAUAAACGUGGAGGAGUAUGAAAAGCAGGAAAACUUCUUCAUUGUGCUUGACAACCCCAAAUGGCUAAAGCGAGGACUCUCUUGGAAUCCCACCCCUGAGGAGGAACAGGCCAGGAGGAUCUCCGAGAUGGGAAAACCCAUUCUUGGAGAGCACAGCAGGCUAGAGGUCAUCAUAGAGGAGUCCUGUGAGUUUAAGAACACUGUGGACAAACUGCUCAAGGAUACAAAUCUGGCCGUGGUGAUUGGUACGCGCUCAUGGAAAGAGCAGUUCAUCGGGGCGGUCACAGUCAGUGCAGGUGAUGAGGAUGAGGGAGAGGAGCAGCGAGUGCCCAACUGCUUCGACUAUUUCAUGCACAUAUUUUGUAUCUUCUGGAAGAUCCUGUUUGCUUGCGUCCCACCCACAGGGUACUGGAAUGGCUGGGCGUGCUUCAUAGUGUCAAUCACUGUCAUUGGUAUUUUAACAGCCAUUAUCGGAGACCUAGCCUCCCAUUUCGGGUGCACCGUCGGCCUGAGAGACACUGUCACUGCAGUGGUCUUUGUAGCACUGGGGACUUCUCUUCCUGACACCUUUGCUAGUAAAGUUGCUGCUACGCAGGAUCAGUACGCAGACGCGUCUGUGGGAAACGUGACAGGAAGUAACGCAGUUAAUGUGUUUCUGGGCAUAGGAGUGGCCUGGUCUGUGUCUGCCAUAUACUGGGAAGUCAAAGGGAAGGUUUUCCGUGUGGACCCUGGAUCACUGGCCUUCUCUGUCACGCUUUUCACCAUUUUUGCCUUCUUGUGUAUGGGAGUGUUAAUGCUUCGCCGAAGGCCGUCCAUAGGUGGUGAACUCGGAGGCCCACGCGUCCCCAAAGUCCUUACCUCACUGCUGUUCUUUGGACUCUGGUUCCUCUACGUCCUCUUCUCUAGCCUGGAGGCCUAUUGCCAUAUACAAGGCUUCUAAACGAGCACAACUAUGGAGAGUCAUGCCUACACAAUAACACACACACAAAACUCCCACUGAUAAACAGUUGCCGUCAUCAUUUGACAUCUGCUGCCAUGGUUCAGAAACAUGCAUAUAUACACACCACAGAUUCAACCACGUAACUCUGUGGCAUCCACUGCCGGACUGUGAAAUUAUUGUGACAACACUCCUUCAUUUUCACCUCAUGAAAUGCAGCGACUGUUUUUUUAAGAAAGCAGAAUACAUGUGAAGUCGCUGGAUUUUGCUUGAUACCUGGAGACUCGCAGGAUUUGGUCGUAUGUCUCCCCACACCUGUAGAGUCUCGGUCAGAGCUUAUUUUACACAGGUGACUAUUUCAGGCGAUAAUACACAGUAAGCUGCUCAGAUACGUAAAAAUAACAGUUGGAAGAAAAACUACUUUGCUUCAGAAACCUUGUUUGUUAGUUCGUUGUUGUCAGUAUUCAUGAAUCCAGGUGAUUUGAAGGAAGCCUGCCAGCCGCUCAGUAGCAAGUGAGUUUUUUUGACAGUCCACAGGAGAAGCAAUAAGCUGCUGUUAUGAAAUAUCUCCCACUGCUCAGUUGUGUGUCUGUGUUGCGUUAGGUGACAUGAGGCACUGUUUGAUGAUAAGCGCACUGCACCUGCUUAGUUUGAUCUCAUUGUAGGCAUUGAUAAUAGCAACACUACAUGGAGCCAGUAUUGAAAUGUGAAAUUGAUAAAAAGUUACACAAUGAAUUUCUCAUAAGCACCUUGUGUCUGCCAUUUAGUUUGACUCCUUGAAAAUAACGAUUCAUUCACCCCUCAAGUGUUAUCUGUUUAUUUAUCAAUGGUGUAAUGUUAUUGUAUUUCUAAUUUUAUGUAUUUGGACUGUUAUUGGCAAAAGCACAUUGUAAUUUAUUGUAAGUUGUCAUAAUUACAUUUAAAUUUUAACUGCAUGUGUCUUGAUCGGUUUCAUCGCCCACACUGUUUUGUUUUUUGGGGGGGGGGUUUCUCUUCAAGUCCACAUGAGCAAAGAAGCAUACAUGAUAUGGCUUAUUGGGUUAUAUACUUAUCUGUUCUGUGUUUAACAGAUGCAUUUUAAGUUUGUGCACCCAAAAAACAUGGAAAGUGAGGUAAAAAAUAUUUUUCUCUCAAAAGAAAGAAAAAUCAGUACAUAAUAUAAUAACAUGUCACCCAGGUCAGACCUCAAUUAAAGCCUAAAAAAUUCACUACCUGAGAUUUUAAGCAGAGCAAGAUGAGUUACUGUUGCUGGGGAAUAACUGGUAAAUACCUCUUAUUGUAGAGAAAAGUCACUGAUAGUAUUAAACGGUAUGUGAAGAGGAA